CCCUGCGGAGGGGGCGGUGUCAUAGCUGCUGCUCGCGUCCCCUUCCGUCUCCCAUGUAGGGGCGCGCUUUCGGCUCUAGAGGCGCGGGGCUUCGGACGCUCAGUCGGGCCGUCCGUCAGUCUGUCGGUCCUCACGGAGCAGCGCCCCGGGCUCCGCUCCCUUCGCCUGCGUCCCCGCAGCCCCGACUUCGGCCGCCCGCCGCCGGGCUGCGCUCCCCGGAGCCGGGGGCGGGCAGCCGGGAGCUGGGUUAGGUUGGGAAGGGCUCCGUACAGACCCAGCCCAAGAGGGAGAACAGCGGCAGAGGCAAACAGGGAGAAGAUGCCGUUCCAUCAUGUGACAGCUGGCUUGUUGUAUAAGGGGAAUUAUCUGAAUCGGUCCCUCUCUGCAGGCAGUGACAGUGAACAGCUCGCUAACAUCUCAGUGGAAGAAUUGGACGAAAUCCGUGAGGCCUUUAGAGUUCUGGACCGGGAUGGGAAUGGUUUCAUCUCCAAGCAGGAACUGGGUAUGGCCAUGCGCUCGCUGGGCUACAUGCCUAGUGAGGUGGAGUUGGCCAUCAUCAUGCAACGCCUGGACAUGGAUGGGGAUGGCCAGGUGGAUUUUGAUGAAUUCAUGACAAUCCUGGGCCCUAAGCUGGUGUCUUCGGAAGGUCGAGAUGGUUUUCUUGGGAACACGAUAGAUAGUAUAUUCUGGCAGUUUGACAUGCAAAGGAUAACGCUGGAGGAGCUGAAGCAUAUCCUGUACCAUGCAUUCCGGGAUCACCUAACGAUGAAAGACAUUGAAAACAUUAUUAUCAAUGAAGAAGAGAGUCUGAAUGAGAACUCGGGAAACUGCCAGACAGAGUUUGAAGGAGUGCAUUCCCAAAAGCAGAAUAGACAGACCUGCGUCCGGAAGAGCUUAAUAUGCGCCUUUGCCAUGGCCUUCAUUAUCAGUGUCAUGCUGAUCGCGGCCAAUCAGAUCCUCCGCAGCGGCAUGGAGUAG